AUGCGUUUAUCGAAACCUGCUCUGUAUCAAAGCACUCCUGUCUAUUGUGAAUCAGCGGAUUUAUGUUCAACAGCUUUUAACACUGGUCAGUCAUUAGAUGUUUCAUUGUCAAAUGGUAUAUCUCAUUCGGCAUUAAGCAAUAUUCUCGUAUUACCAUAUAGUUUUGGAAACGUUUUUUUGGGUGAAACAUUUUCAUCAAUAGUAGCACUACAUAAUCAGAGUGAUCAAACGUUACACGAUUGCACGGAUAUUCAGACAGCUACUCAACGUAUAUCAUUGAAUACUGUUGAAAAUUUAGAAAGUAAACAAGAUCUUGCACCAGAUCAAAGUGUUUGUCGAAUUUUACAACAUGAAGUUAAAGAAUUAGGAAAUCAUUCUUUGGUGUGUACUGUAACGUGUAUUGAUGGCAAUGGAGAGAAAUGUAAUCUGAAGAAAGUAUUUAAAUUACAGGUUGGCAAGCCAAUUGAAUUAAAGACGCGAUUUGUUCCUGGAAUUGAACAUGAUGAGGUCUUUGUUGUUGCAGAAAUUCAAAAUCAAACACCGACGACCUUGUUUAUGGUGAGCGUCGACCUUGAUCCAACACUUGCUUAUACGGCGACAAAUUUAAAUGAUUUAAAUAAUAAGAAACGAUCAGAAAAUUCUCUUGCAGAAUCAUGGCGUUUUUUACGUUCAACAGAAGUACGACAAUAUAUGUUUCACUUAAAACCAAGAGCUAAUGUGUCAUUUGAACAGCAACAUUCGGUAACAACACUUGGAAAACUGGAUAUUAUUUGGAUUUCGGGACUAGGAGAAAAAGGAAGAUUACAAACGAAUCAACUACCAAAACCACAAGCUCUUGUGGCCACAACAAAUUUGAGUAAUUUACCGGAUUUACGAUUGCAAUUGGUUGAAGGCAAUGGUCAUUGUUCUGUUGAACAAUCACAACAUUUACGUGUGAAUAUAUUAAAUUGCACGGAACGCAGUAUGAAUUUAUCAUUAAGUUUUGAUCAUCAAUUUUCAAAGAAAGAAGGUUUCUUGUGGACGGGUGUAAUUAGUGGAAAUGUUGGAAAAUUAGAUGCACAUCAAUUGAUUGAAAUUCAUCUAAAUCUUGUACCGUUGACAAGUGGUUUAAAGAGAAUUGGUGGUUUAAAAUUAACCGAUAGUUAUAUGCGUCAUACAUACGAUUUAGAAGAAUUUCAUACAUUAUUUGUACUGCCAAAAUUUGCUGAUAAAACAUUUUCUGCAACAAGAUCCAUGUCAGAUACUUCUCAUGACAUUUCUUUAAUGGAUUUGAAUGAGAACGAUAAUCCUGGAAGUUUAAUUGAUUUAUUACAAUAUUAUGAGAAAGAAAAUGCUAAUAAACAGCAACAAUACAAAGAUGAAAUUGCCUUGCUAAAAGAGCAACAACGUUUAACUAACGAUGAACUAAUUUAUUUGAAAAAUGAAAAUCGUUUAUUUCAAGAGAAACAAGAUAAAGAGAGAACAGUUUUACAAAAUGACAUUAUUGCACAUAAAGAAUAUGCUCAAAAUUUAGAACAUCAGUUGAAACAAUUACAACAAAAAGUGACAGAUGCUAAAAAACAAUAUGAAAAAGUUUUGUUACUUAAUCAACAAAAAUGUGUAACGAUUGCACGAACAUGCGAUGAUUUAUAUCAGAAAAUAAAUACUUUAACAAAUGAAUAUAAUCAAAUGAAAAUAAAAUUAAUUGAAAAGGAAAAACAACAUGAGUCACUAUUAAAUUAUUCCAAAUCAUUACGAGAAGAGGUGAAAAUGUUAAGCUUAUAUGAAACUCAAACAACAAAACAAUUUCAAUUAUUAAAAAAAUUAGCAAAUGAUGGUCAAAUAUGUGGUGAUUUUAUUGAUGCGGACGACUUUCAUAUUAAGAAAAGAGAUAUUCAAGAACAAACAGAUCAAAUUCAAAGAAUAAUAACAGAACAACAUCAUGUUAUACUAGCGAAACUAAGAGAAUUGCUUGAAAGUAAUAGAGAAAAUGGAUCGAAGUCAAAAAAAUUAAAAGUAUAA